AUGCCGCCGAUGAUCCCUUCGCGCGGCGGCCCCAGCGGCAUUAAACGGGGUACUGCGUCUAAAGUGCCUGCUGGAGGCAAAGGCAAGACCAUACUUCACGGCGCAGCGGGCGCCAAGCGACAUCGCAAAAUCGUCAAGGAUUGCAUUCGGGGUAUCACUAAACCCGCUAUCCGUCGUCUCGCUCGUCGUGGCGGUGUCAAACGUAUCUCUGCCACGAUAUACGAUGAUGCACGAUCCGCACUUGACGCCUGGCUGAGAGGUGUUCUUAGAGACUGCGUAGUCUACACUGAGCAUCGUCAUGCCAAGACUGUCACCAUCCAUGAUGUUCUCCACGCACUCCGACGUAAAGGAACACCGAUCUAUGGAUUCGACCCAGAUACGUUUGUCGACCAAAAGACACGCAAGGCAACGGCGGCGAGCGGCGAGUGA